UCACUUUCUCUCUCCUCACUUUCACUUUCUCUCUCUAAACAUCUCCCCCAUUGCUAACCCAAGAUGAUGCAGACUAUGAAUCAUCAUCAUUGUUCUAACGCAACAAAAACAGCUGAGAUCAUGUCCAGAUUCAGGCCCAUAGCUCCAAAGCCCGAGUUUCCUGUGAAUCAAGUGUGUGAGAACCCAUCUCUCUCUCAUCAUCAGAUCAACUUUAGGCAGCCUCCUUAUCUCAGCAACGUCUGGUCUCAUUUGCAGACCAGGCCCACCAGGACCCGGAAGAGAGGGAGGUCUUCACUUGCAUCAACCACCAUCAAGAAACCAAGAACCAACACCACAACCACUCGUCGUCUCCUUCCUCUCGCUCCUAUUCCUCCACCACCACCACCACCACCAACACCUUGCAGUCUCAACAACCCUAACACUUCCUCCUCUUUCAACACCUCUUUCAACAAUCUAUCUUUACUGAGCUCCUCUCAUGGGCUCAACACUUCGUCCUCUCUCAAAAACAUGUCUUUUCUAGGCUCCUCUCAUGAGCUCAACACUUCCUCGUCUCUCAACAGCCUCUCUUUACCAGGCUCCUCUCAUGGGCUCAACACUUCCUCCUCUCUCAACAACAUGUCCUUACUAGGCUCCUCUCAUGGGCUCCGGCUCGGGCUCGGUCUCGGUCUCGGUGGUCCUCCUAAGCACCCACUCCCAACCCUUCCCGCCUUUACUCCCUUCACCCCAGAAUACCACGCCAAAGCCCAAGCCCGAGUCCGAAACCGUUCCAAAACGGGAACGCAAGUCCGACCCCAGCCAAACUUGAUCACACUCCCUCUUCUUCCAUUUAUUCCAUGUCUUUUUGAUGGUGAGACAGGAGUUAAUGGUGUUGAUUUGAACCAAGAGGCUGAAAUUCCACAAGAGAGAGAUUUCUUGUGGCAAAUAGGGGGACCCACUACCUCCUCCAAUGUCAUAGCUCCACAACCGGUCCGACCGGUCGAAUCGAGCAUAAGAGUCGGGUCCAUCUGUGAGGACCCGAAUCCGAAUCCGAUCCACGCCAUCCGGCCUCCGACGAAGAAGAGAGAGGAGGUGGAGGAGGAUGUCGAGUCCGAGGCCCUCCCAGCUGUCGUCUCGGACUCCAACAACAAUGUCAGGAUGACCAAUUCGGCCUACAAGGAGAUGGUGGGUCAGCCCAAGUGUUUGUGGCUCGGCUCGUGUGACGGGUCGGGCGAUGCAUGCAAGAGGAUUGGUGGGGAGGUGACGCUCCGGUUCUCGGGUUCGGGUGUUCCGGUCACGGCUAGCGGGUUUUGUUGCCAAGUAAUGAUCGAAUGGGGUAGCGAUGAGAAGAAGAGGACGGUGAUUGCGUUCACCGAUGUGGUGAGGUUGUCCUGCGAGUCCAAGGACUACCUUUUCGCAUGGAGGUUUCAUACUACCAGAGACUAGAGAGAGGUUCAAGUAGUUGAAGUUAUUGGGUUGAACUGUUACUGUGUGCUUUGUAUAAUAUGGUAGUAGUACUAAUGCAUCUUAUCUGCCACUUACUACUUAUGAAUAUGUGUGUGUAUAUAUAUAUAUAUAUAUGUAUAUAUGUAUAUAUAUCUAUGUCUGCCCAGUAUGUAUUUUAUGGUACGUUUUGUAUGCAUCUUAUAUGUAAAUUAAUGAAGAAAAUGUUUC